AUGUUCCUGCAGGGUCUGCCGGAGGAGGUGCAGGUUGAAGUGGUAAGGAGGGCGAAGAUUAGCCCUCAGAAGUUCGAGACUAUGAAGUUCGCAAGGGCCCGGGAGGCAGUUGAAGAAUAUCUGGAGGAAGUGGCUGGAUUAAAUUUAAUUCGGCAGGGUCGUGAAGGGAAGCAUGUGAACUUCGCAGAGGAAGUGUCAGCUGCGCAUAGCUUAGUAGUUGUGCAGCCAGAUGGGCGAGUCCCAGAUGAACAACGACAGCCAGAGGACAGAGAACCAGUGUCUACAGGGAAGCGGCAGGUGCCAAGAACAGCCCCGGGAACGAGACACCAGGAAACGCUAGAUGACCUGGCUGAACGGAUGAGGAAAAUGGAAAUCAGCCUCAUGGAGGUGAGACAGAAUGACUUCCGAAGACAUGGGCUAAAUGACAUACCCAACCGACGGGGCUAUGUGCCAAUCGCGGGUGACCAAUGCCGGUUCUGUCUGGAAACGGGUCACACCAACAUACGGGGGACAUGUCCACGGUACCAAGCAUUGGCUGCCCAGGGUCUAUGCCAUAUUGCUGAAGAUGCCAAAGUCCAUUAUGGACAAAUUGGAGGAGCUGGAGAGGUGGUAAGGGUAAUUACCAAUGGUAAGAGCAUGAAGGAGUCCAUUGAGGAAUAUGGAAAGCAGCACCAGACUGGAAAUAGUGCAGUGGGUUAUGUACACAACAUGUUAAAAGAAACUACGUACAUUGAGGAGGUGGAGGAGGAAGAUGAAGAAGGGUUUAUGGAAAGCUUUGUUGAAAUAGAGGUUAAUGCGCUGGUCAAUGCGGAAAAGAGAAAUAUAACCCCAGAGGGGCGCGCAGACCCCAAGCGACGUGCACUGGACGAUGUGGCUAGGAGGGAAGAAGAAAUUCCCAUCUUGAAGACAGUCCGUCCAGGAAGAUAUGAGGAAAUUGACGAACCAGAUGCAGAUGUGGAGAUGGAAGAUCGACCGGACUACCGAGUUAGGGAUGUGGAGGAAGGUUUGAGAAGAUCGUUUGGGGCCCCAAAAGCAAGAGUCCCCCAGAGGAAAGAUGCUCCGAAAGCUAAGCUUAACAAAUUGGCGGAUGAGCUGAAGAAUUCAACGGACAUUAAGGACAUACGGAAUCGGAUUCUGAAUACCACGGUGACAUUGUCACUCCAGGAGCUGCUAGGGAUGUCUGAUGGGCUGCAUCGGAGCCUUUUCUCAGGAACCCGACAGCCGGUGACAACGUCUAUCGAAUUCAGCAAAGGAACAGAUCCAGGGGUCGUUGCGCGAGUGGGGAACUUAGGGAUGAGAAGCCGCAAGGCGAACCAGAUGGAUUUGGAAGAAACGGGGUAUGAUGAUGAGGAACCUCCAUUGUAUGUCUGUGGAACUCUAGCAGCGUGGAUCCAGAUACUAGAGGAUCCACAGAGGGUUCAGGCAUUGCUGAAUGGAGGCGCGGAAAUCAAUGUGAUGCAAGCCUGGCUAGCGGAAAAACAUGCGCUGCCAGUCACUCUGCACGCCAAAGGAACGAUGAGAAGUGCCAACGGAGGCCUCACGCCGUUUGUUGGAAUCUGCGAGCGGGUCCCAGUACGGAUUGGGAGCUUCCAAUAUUAUGUCCCUUUCUUCAUUGUGGAUACGCGUGGUGGACAUGCAGUGGUGCUGGGGAGGCCAUUUGAAUACAUGAGCCGUAUGGCGCACACGAACACAGCAUCUGGGGCGGUCAUCACAACGAUUCAUUCAAUGGACAGGACGAAGGUCGCGAGAAUGAAGGUUUUCACCCCCGGAACGCGUAGGAUGGAGACCCGGAGGGACGUUUUUGAAGAUCGGAGGUUAAUUGGAGAAGAGCCGGGAAACUAG